AUGAUGUUGGCCCUUUGUCUCAGUGCGAUCACAAUCAUCUUAGCUGGCCUUCCUGGAAGUCUGUUUGUUGCAGUACAGAGUGGCAAAGAACUGAGAAAAAACACCAAGCGACCCCCAAAUGACCUCAUUGUAUUCAGCAUUUCAGUGUCCAGUCUCCUACUGCAACUGGUGGAACUGGUGAUGUUUAUCUCCAAUGUUUUACAGUGGUUUUGUUACUUUACCACUGGAUUCCUCCUUCUGACCCUCGAAGCAUUUGCAUGCUGUUUCUGGUUCACUGCUUGGCUGUGCGUCUUCUACUGUGUCAAGAUUGUCAGUGCCAACUGGAGGGUAAUUGCAUUAGCCAAAGUGAAAUUUCCUACCAUUGUGCCCCAGCUUAUCCUCGGAACCAUUAUAGCAACACUAGUUAUCACCUGCGCAACAGUCACAGACAGAGUUCACAGAGUAAGCUUGAAGAAUGCUUCAGGAAAUUACUGCACACUUCAACUUGAUGACUUCAUACUGAAGCCUAUUUACUAUGUCUUAUAUCCACUUCUGGGAUGUGUGGUGCCUCUGAUACUCAUGACGAUCAGCUCUGGUUUCCUUGUGCAUUCUCUGUGUUGUCACAGAAAGAAGAUGAAAACUGGCACCAUUGGCUUCACCAAACCAUGCACUAAGACUUAUGGUCAUGUCAUCAAGAUGAUUGUGGGAUCAGAGAAGAUAGCAUGUGCAGAGAGGAAACUAGAGAAAGCCGAGUUCAUUGUCAUAUUGUCUGGUACUGAAAAUGAUAUUUCAGAAAAUUGGAUAAUUGUACUGAAUAAGGUUGGGUAA